AUGCCCCUGCAGGAAGAGACCCUCCGAGAGGUGUGGGCCUCAGACAGCGGCCAGGAGGAGGAAGGCCUGAGCCCCGAGGUCCCCCGGCGCGCAAAGCAGCGGCCCGCCCCCGGGCAGAAGUUGAGGAGGAAGAAGGCCGAGCCCCCCGAGUCCCCCGCGGGAUCCAAGCCCCGCAGGCCUGGAGCCGGGCGGAGGCGGCGGCCGCGGGAUGAGCCCGCCGCGGACCCGGCCAAGGCCCCCCCGCAGACCGUCUACGCCAGGUUCCUCAGGGACCCGGAGGCCAAGAAACGCGACCCCCGGGAAACCUUCCUGGUAGCCCGGGCCCCAGACGUCGCAGACGGUGAGAGGACGGGAGGGAAGCGCGGGGCAAGGGCAGAGGAGGAAGAGGAAGACAACGAUGAUGACCAGGAUGAGGAGGAAGUAGAGGAGGAGGAAAAGAAAGAAAAAACCCCUCUGCCUCCCAAGAAGUCCGCCCAGGAGAAGGAGAGGAAGGCCAAGGCCCAGGGCCCAAGGGGGGACGUGGGGAGCCCUGAUCCCCCACGGAAACCUCUCCGUACUAAGAAGAAAGAAGCGGGGGAUGGGACCAAGAUGAGAAAGGCAAAGAAGAAAGGGUCCGGGGAGGCUGACAAGGACCCUUCGGGAAGCCCCUUGGGAGUGAAGAAGAAGAGUCCAGCAGCCAUGUUUCUGGUUGGAGAAGACAGCCCAGUUGUGAAGACGCUGAAGAAGAAAGGUCCACCCAAAGGCUGGGAAGGAGAGAGGAAGGAGGACGAGAAGGAGGACGAGGAGGAAGACGAGGAUAAGGAGGAGGAGGGGCCAGCUGUGGUGACCAAGAACUGCAACCAGAAGGGCAAAGCGAAAGGAAAAGGCAAAAAGGUUGGGAAGGAGGAGAGGCCCGUGUCUCCGCCUGUGGAGGUAGAUGAACCCCGAGAGUUCGUGCUGCGUCCUGCACCCCAGGGCCGCACUGUGCGCUGCCGCCUGACCCGGGACAAGAAGGGCGUGGAUCGCGGCAUGUACCCCUCCUACUUCCUGCACCUGGACGUGGAGAAGAAAGUGUUCCUCUUGGCUGGCAGGAAACGGAAGCGAAGUAAGACAGCCAAUUACCUCAUCUCCAGCGACCCUACCAACCUGUCCCGAGCUGGGGAGAAUUUCAUGGGGAAGCUAAGGUCCAAUCUCCUGGGGAACCGCUUCACGGUCUUUGACAACGGGCAGAACCCACAGCGAGGCGGAGGCAGCACUGACAUGGCGAACCUUCGUCAAGAGCUGGCAGCUGUGAUCUACGAAACCAACGUGCUGGGCUUCCGAGGCCCUCGGCGCAUGACGGUCAUCCUUCCUGGCAUGACCUCAGACAACGAGAGGGUCCCCAUCAGGCCCAGAAAUGCCAGCGACGGGCUGCUGGUGCGCUGGCAGAACAAGACACUGGAGAGCCUCAUCGAACUGCACAACAAACCCCCUGUCUGGAAUGAAGACAGUGGCUCCUACACCCUUAACUUCCAAGGCCGGGUCACCCAGGCCUCAGUCAAAAACUUCCAGAUCGUCCACGCUGAUGACCCCGACUAUAUCGUGCUGCAGUUCGGCCGUGUGGCAGAGGACGCCUUCACCCUGGACUACCGGUAUCCGUUGUGCGCCCUGCAGGCCUUCGCCAUCGCCCUCUCCAGUUUCGACGGGAAGCUGGCCUGCGAGUGA